UGUAUUUUUCGGAGUAGAGAAUGUAAAUUUAUACGUUCUGUGGCAGAAGCUAGUUUGGUCGGAACGGACCGGUUAUUUAUUAACUUAUAUGGUGAAAACAAGCAUAAGUGAACCAUGAGGAUUACACUUAUUUUGUGUCGUCAACAUUUAGGAAGAAUGACGAGAAGGCAUUGGCGUGUCCAAGGAGUGCAGAUUCCAAUCGACACUGGGGCCGAACGUGCUUUACAAAAAUACAAUGUCGAAAUCCUGAAUCCUGUGGAUAUAAUGAAGAUAAAACAUCCAUUUAAAAAGAUAGAGUUUGAAUACUUGAGACCUCCACCACCUUUACCACAUAAUCGGAAUCAUCCCAAUUGGUCAAACACGCCCUGCUUUACCUAUAAAGAACAAAACGCAUUAUUGGAAGGUGUCGCACAAGCACAGAUAUUAACAAAAACGAUAAUUAUAGAGAAUGAUUUGCCACAGAAAAUUAAGGAUUUGAAGGAAGACACAAAGGAAAAGAUAGAUAACAUAGUUCAAAGAAUCAUUCGCAAUUCUACCAUGUUUGAUGCACAUCAAGAACUGUUACCAAAAUUAAAAAAUCCAGACAAACCAAUGUUUGUGUUUCCUAGAGUUUAUGGCUUAACAACGUUAAGGAAGGUAGGUAAUUUAGCACAGAAACUAAUUCAUCUGUGUGAGAAUUUGGAUGGCGCAGAUACUCUUUGCAAACGUAGCAUGAUUUAUGAUGGAAAAGUGUCUGUACCCCUAGAAAAGGAUUCCAAAUUGUUGCAAUUUAAUUUAACAAUGAAUAUUAUGAUUAAUUCUGCCUAUCCUUUGAGUCCAAUACUUGCUCCAGACGAAGGUUUAAAUGCAGAUCUUCCGAGCAUAGAACCUUGUGAACCAACUAUAAGUUUAUCACAGGAUCAUAUUUAUGUUCUUGAAGAUAUCUACCCUAUUGAUUCUGAGUCACCAUGGAUGAAUGUGCAUACAAUUUUUAUAUAUGACAAUCCAGAGACGAUAAAAAAUUUAACGGAACUACCUGUAACAGAAUCCCAAGUUUUAGCUCAAUCUAUGCUAAAAUCAUUUGCAGCGGCCGCAGCUUGUGCAAAGCAAAGAUUCGGAGCAUAUGUCAAAGAAUUACCGGAACCAAUAACGAUACAAUGCAUACAAUCAGAUGGAAAAUCAUUUUAUUUCUCAGUUUUCCAACUAAAUACAUUAAAUUUAAAUGGAGUAACAGGUACAAAGAAUUUCUGGUGGUGUAGUCCUAAAUUAGAUCUUUUUGAAAAAGCAAUGUACGAAGCAGGCAUACCAACGCUAACCGGUUAUAAUCCUGAGGUAUUCAAGACGAUGUUAGCGUUUUUCAAACAUAAAUAAGAUGUUGAAUAAAAGAUACGUAUUGUAUAAAUUA